GAUACAAAGAGAGCCAUGGCAUCUUUAGGGCUGCAGAUUUUAGGGGUUGCCCUGUCAUUUGUUGGGUUACUGGGUUCUAUCUUGACCUGCGCCCUUCCGAUGUGGAAGGUUACAGCCUUCGUCGGCAAAAACCUCGUGACGGCGCAGAUCAUUUGGGAGGGACUGUGGACGGUCUGUGUGAUACAGAGCACGGGGCACAUGGAGUGCAAAGUGUACGUUUCAAUGCUCGCGCUGCCUGUGGACCUGCAAGUCGCGCGCGCUUUGCUCGUCAUUUCCAUCUUGCUCUCUGUCGUCGGCAUUCUCCUGGCGCUUGUAGGGGCGAAAUGCAACACCUGUAUCGAGAACAAAAUCGCCAAAGCAAGAGUUGUCAUAUCUGCGGGGGCGUUUAUCAUAAUCGCCGGACUGCUGUGUCUCACACCAGUCUGCUGGUCGGCGAACACCAUCGUCCGGGAUUUUUACAACCCGCUCCUGCCGGACUGGAAGAGACGGGAGCUCGGGGCUGAAGACAUGGCAGCUUUUGGUCUGGAGUUAAUAGGCGUCACGCUCUCGGUUAUUGGCUGGCUUCUCAGCAUUGUGUGCUGUGCUUUGCCCAUGUGGAGGGUCACGGCAUUCAUCGGCACCAAUAUCGUCACAGCGCAGGUGUACUGGGAGGGAAUCUGGAUGACCUGUGUGGUUCAGAGUACCGGACAGAUGCAAUGUAAAGUCUACGACUCUAUGUUGGCUCUUCCUGCGGACCUUCAGGCGGCUCGCGCUCUGGUGGUGGUGGCCAUCAUCGUGGGUGUCCUCGCGCUCUUUGUGGCUAUAGUUGGGGCCAAGUGCACCAACUGCAUUGAGGAUGAAGCGGCUAAAGCCCGUGUGAUGAUCACCUCUGGUGCCGCUUUCAUAACUGCUGCAGUCUUGCAGCUUAUUCCUGUGUCCUGGUCAGCAAACACUGUAAUUUUGGAGUUCUACAGCCCAGUUGUACCGAGCGCUCAGAAGAUGGAAAUAGGAGCAUCACUGUACCUUGGCUGGGCUGCCGCGGCUCUGUUGCUGGUCGGAGGCUCCAUUCUGUGCUGCAGUUGCCCACCUAAGGAUGAGAUAAGGUACCCGCCGCAAAGUCGUAUAGCCUACUCAGCCCACCACUCAGUGGCUCCAAGCACCUACAACAAGAGAGACUAUGUCUGAGGACUUUUGAGGACUUUUACAGUCUGUCUUUCGUUGAAAGAUAAAUGUGACCAUAUGGGUUGGAGGUAACUCAAAAUCUUGUUUACUUUUUCUCCAUGUGAAUAUUUCUACAUGCUUUUGUUUUGUUCGGUGUCCAUUGUCACUCCACACUUUGUUAGGUAUAUUUUAGCACAAGUUGCAUAAAUCAUCUUGUAUGUUUUAAAUCACAUGUAUCAGUUGAUUUAUAAAGGGAGAGAAGUCAGUGGUUUUAUUUUUGUAGUAUUGUGUGUUUUCACUUUAUUGUGUGUAGUAUUGUGUGUUAUUUUUACUUUAUUUUCUUUUACAGUUUUUACACUUUUAACAAAGCUGUUUGUGAGUUAAUUUUUUUUUAUACUUUCACUUAAAAGAAUAAAAAUGGACUAUCUGCUAAUGGCUUAAAACAAAAUGGAAAAUCUUGUGUUGUGCUAAUAUGUUUAUCAACUCUGUAAAUGUUUAAUUGUGUUUAAUGUUUAUUUCAGGGGCACUCUCAUUCUUAUUCACUGAAACUCUGUCGAGCUCUAAAUUCAACUUCCACUGGACAACACAACAGAGAAACUAUGAGACUAUAUGCAGGCACCUCCCAAAAUUUCGUCAGAUUAAAUAUAUCGUGCACAUUGUUGUGUUUUUAUCACUGAAUAAUUAGAAUAGGCCUAUAUAUUUGAAUAAGUAUAACUGAGUUAUAAUUGAAUUCUUGAUUAUUAAAAAAUACAAAUAAAUUAAA